AUGCGUGUUGUCACGGUGACCAGCCCCUGUGCCCCUUCCCCCCUCCUUUGGUUGGUCCAGCUUCUGUUGUGGUUUCACAAUCAUGGACCACAGCUGACAGACGCAGCUCCAGCCUGUCCCAGCCUAUGUACCUGCUCCAAUCAGGCGAGCCGAGUCAUCUGCACCCGGAAGGGGAUAGACCAAGUCCCAGAAAGUAUUUCAGACAAAACAAGAUACCUCAAUCUACAAGAAAACACCAUCCAGGUGAUCAAAUCAGACACAUUUAAACAUCUGAGGCAUUUGGAAAUCCUACAGCUCUCAAAGAACCACAUCCGAGAGAUUGAGGUGGGAGCUUUCAAUGGCCUCCCAAACCUCAACACAUUGGAGUUGUUUGACAACCGUCUCACCGUGGUACCAUCAUUGGCCUUUGAGUACCUUAGCAAGCUACGGGAACUAUGGCUUCGAAACAACCCAAUCGAGACACUGCCGGCGUUUGCCUUUCACCGUGUCCCCUCGUUACGGCGCCUUGACCUGGGAGAACUGCGGAAGCUCGGCUUCAUUUCAGAGGCCGCCUUCGAGGGCCUGGUCAACUUGCGUUUUUUGAACCUGGGAAUGUGUGGCUUAAAGGAUAUUCCAAACCUCACCCCACUAGUCAAACUAGAGGAGCUAGAGCUAUCAGGAAACCAACUAGGAAUUGUUCGACCCGGAUCAUUUCAGGGCUUGGUGUCACUUCGCAAAUUGUGGCUAAUGCAUUCCAGGGUGUCAGUAAUCGAGCGCAAUGCUUUUGAUGAUCUAAAAAAUUUGGAGGAGCUAAACCUGUCCCAUAACUCCCUACAUUCUCUGCCCCAUGAUCUCUUCACUCCGUUACACCAAUUGGAAAGAGUUCAUCUAAACCACAAUCCCUGGGUUUGCAAUUGUGAUGUUCUGUGGCUCAGCUGGUGGCUCAAAGAGACGGUCCCCAGUAACACCACAUGUUGUGCCCGCUGUCAUGCUCCUCCAGGUCUCAAAGGAAAGUACAUCGGGGAACUGGACCAGAGCCACUUCACAUGCUAUGCCCCAGUGAUCGUCGAACCACCUACUGACCUUAAUGUCACAGAGGGUAUGGCUGCAGAGCUGAAAUGUCGCACCGGGACCUCCAUGACUUCUGUGAAUUGGUUUACUCCAAACGGAACCCUGAUGACGCAUGGAUCAUACAGAGUAAGGAUUUCUGUGCUACAUGACGGCACUCUCAACUUCACAAACGUGACUGUGCAGGACACUGGGCAGUACACGUGUAUGGUAACCAACUCUGCCGGAAACACCACAGCAAGCGCAGUUCUCAACGUGACUGCCACAGACCCCAACAACAGCUACAGCUAUUUCACCACUGUCACUGUGGAAACUGUAGACUCGCAUCAAGGAGAAAAGGAAGCCAGACAGGAUAUUAACGAGACUAUCAUUGAAUUCCCAGGUCCGACUGUUAUUGGAGGGGUGUUAGAUGGUCGUUCUGGCAUUACGAUAUCGCCCUCUCUUUCCUCUCUGUCCUCAUUGAAUCCUGGAGCAAGCCGGGACAAUAAAGAAACCGUAACCGUGUCUAUCAUCGACGUGACGAAUAUCCCCGGUCUUGAUGACGUCAUGAAAACUACCAAGAUCAUCAUCGGCUGUUUUGUGGCUAUAACCUUUAUGGCGGCUGUGAUGUUGGUGGUGUUCUAUAAACUUAGGAAGCAGCAUCAGUUACAUAAGCAUCAUGGCCCGGCGAGAGCGAUUGAGAUUGUCAACGUGGAGGAUGAACUGGGAGCAGGGGCCGGGAGUGGGAUCUCAGGUGGAUCUACCAUGAAUUCUGGCGCCGGCGGAGAAGGAACCCUACGGAUACAUCGUCCCGAAAUUGUCAACAUUCCCAGUAUUGGUCGAACGGAUACCCUCAAUCAUUAUUACAAGACCCAUCACUUCAACAACAACGUGAUGGGUCUCAGUAUCGGUGAUGGAAUAGGAUCCGGCGGUACCCUCAGUAGCAAGAACCCUCCGUGUCUGGACAUGCCCAUCUCCUGCACCUCAGUUCCUAUCUCCUCCUCGAACCUCCUCACGACAUCAGGAAAUGGCAUCAACUCCAGUUCUAUGUCGCCACCUCUGCCCAUGUCUCUGCCCAUGCCCUCUAUGGGUCUUCACGGAUCAAUCAAAGGUUUUAUGGGCCAGAACCAGAAUCCUCAAAUGGAACCUCUUCUAUUUAAGGGAAACUCAAAGGAGAAUGUUCAAGAGACUCAGAUUUAA